AUCUCCGAUCUUGAGCUCAAGCUUCAUUCAGUUCACGCUCGCGUAUCCUAUUGUCAAGUUGUCAACUUUCAACUUGUUUGCAAACUUUGCAUCUUUGCAUGAGUCGUUAACCAAAACGUUGUCCAUCGUUUAUCGUUUAAAUUUUCCCUUCAACUUGUGCGUAUAUAGGUACACAACUUGCAAUCUUCAUACUCAUCUGCAAAUUAGUAUAAAAAUACUCUCUGAACGCAAAAACCGGGUGGUCAAAACUAUUAGUACCAUGAACAAAAAGGGAUCACCACCACCCUACGACCAACCUCCCCUUGCACCACCCAGUUAUGCCCAGUGUGUAGGUGGUGUGCCACCAGCGAGUCCAUUUACCCCAGCUGAACAAUAUGUCAAUGGACCUGCAAUAGUAACGACAAUAGUUCCUCUGGGGCCUGGUUCAACACACACAAUAUGUCCACACUGUUAUUGUGAAAUCACUACCCAAACGAGAACAGAGCCUGGACUGAUUGCUUACAUUUCAGGAUUUCUCAUUGCUCUCAUUGGAUGCUGGGCAGGCUGCUGUUUGAUUCCAUGUUGCAUAGAUGAGUGCAUGGACGUUCAUCAUACAUGUCCAAACUGCAAGGCAUAUUUGGGUCGUCACCGUAGAUAAAUGCGUUGUCUGCCACAAAUGCUUUUUUUAUAAAGCCUCUUUUACAUUGAGAGUAUUUCUCUGAGCUUCGCGGUAAAUUAGUUAAUUCACGCGUGCACAAAAUAUAUUGUAAUAAAUGAAUGCUUAAAGCAUAGUUGCAAGCAUAAAAAUAUUGUGAAAGUCACUUGAAAAUUAAAGUAUUUUUUUUUAAGGAUUUUGAUUGAUUAUUUUGCAACUAAACAAAUAAUAAACAAAUUUUGUUUUUCAAUUUGGCAUAUGACUUAUUUUCAAGUUUAGUUACGUUUGAUUUAUUUACAUGAAAGCUUUGAUAUGAAAAAGUCAAAAAUAAAUGAUUCAUUAGUUUUGUACUUAAUAAGUUUAAAUCAAAAUCCUUGGCAAUAUUUUUAUAUUGUAAUACAAAUAAAAAUCUAUAUUGUGUUAGUAAUAAGAGCAAUUGUUAGUGCCUUACUAUUGAUAAUUACCACUACUACCAAAAAUACUUAAAUAAUAUAUAAUUGUAUGGAUCCCCAUCGCAUUGUUAUCGAAUAUUACAUCGAAUCUUUGUUAUAGAUGAUAUCCUAAUGCAUAAAAUAGCUUAUUUGGAGAAUUGACUUAAAAAUUUCCGAAAAAUUGAAAAAUACUUGCAAUGCUAUUAAAGCUUUCCUUCCAUUCAACAUUACUUCGUUGCAUUUAAUAUAAAUAACUUUAAACUCCUUGAGUUAAAAAAUAAAAAAAAAUAAAAAAAACAUUUUUUGUCAUUGACAAGUCAUUUAUUGAUAUGCAUAUUACAAGAACUGAUAGUUAGAUAAAUUCAGUGCAAUAUAUGUAUUUUAAG